GAAAGCCGCGGAUGCCGGCGUGCCGAGGCGCCUGUGAGGAAGGAGGCAGCGAGCCGAGCGGAGUGCGGCCCUCCCUGGCCGCCGUGCGCCUGUGAAGCGGGGCCCGUAGCUCGGGGGGAGGGCAGGGGAGCCCGGGCGCCAUGGCGGCCGCCAAGUUCGAAUCGCACGACCGGACGAGCUGGUACUUCGGGCCGCUGAGCCGGCAGGAAGCGCAGGCCAAGCUGCAGGGCCAGCGGCACGGCACCUUCCUGGUGCGGGACAGCACCACCUGCCCGGGCGACUACGUGCUGUCGGUGUCGGAGAACUCCAAGGUGUCGCACUACAUCAUCAACAGCCUGCCCGGCAAGUUCAAGAUCGGCGACCAGGAGUUCGAGCACCUGCCCGGCCUGCUCGAGUUCUACAAGAUCCACUACCUGGACACCACCACUCUGAUCGAGCCGGCGGCGCGGGUGGCGGGCCCGCCCGCCUCGCUGGGCAAGGCCGCGGGCCCGGGCCCAGGCCCGGUUCAGGGCCACGUCCUGGUUGGGCCCGGCGCGGCCUCGGGCGGCGGCGAGGAAAGCGCCGAGUACGUGCGGACACUGUACGACUUCCCCGGCAACGACGUGGAGGACCUGCCCUUCAAGAAGGGCGAGCUGCUGGUGAUCGUGGAGAAGCCCGAGGAGCAAUGGUGGAGCGCCCGCAACAAGGACGGCCGCCUCGGCAUGAUCCCCGUCCCCUAUGUCGAGGUGGUGGUCAAGUCGGCGCCGCAGCAGCAGCAACAGGGGCCGGGCUACCGCAACUCUAGCAGCUACGGCAUCCCCGAGCCCGCACACGCCUACGCCCAGCCCCAGACCAGCAGCCCCCUGCCCACCGGCGCCAACCCGCUGCCCACCACCCAGAACGGGCCCGUCUACGCCAGGGCCAUCCAGAAGAGAGUUCCCUGCGCCUACGACAAAACUGCCUUGGCGUUGGAGGUUGGUGACGUUGUGAAAGUGACCAGGAUGAACAUCAGUGGUCAGUGGGAGGGUGAAGUGAAUGGCCGGCAAGGACUCUUCCCCUUCACUCAUGUCCAGAUCAUCGACCCCCAGAAUCCUGAGGAGAAUGAGUGACCUGAAGGUCUGAACAUUUGGUCGCCUCCAUAUGCCUGUUCAUCACACAGUCAGCAUCAACAUGUGGUGCAUCGCUUCCAGAUUAAAGGGGGACACAUCAUUUUGCCAUGGAAACGCGAUUGGUUUUUUGAGUAUCUGCUUAGCUGCUGGAAUUUAACGUUUCUGUCUGAGCUGUUCCCAUUUCCCAUUUAAAAUACACGAUUACUAACAAGUGGAAAUACAGGAGAGGAACAGCAUCAGUCCCAGUACCACAAUAGGUCGAGCUACAGACUGGAACUUGUAGACAACUGGGAUAACAAGCACUUGGAACACUCGAAUGGAGAAUCUUCCUUCCUAUGUUUAUUAAUUGUGGCAUGUAGGGAUGCUACUGGGACUAAAUACAGCAUUAUUCUGAACGAUAACAACGUCACAGCUGAGAGAAUAGGACCUGAAUUCAAGAAUGUUUUUAAAUCGUUUUCAAUACAACGUAUAUAUUAGCCUGUUGUGCAGUAUACGACAUUGUAGAGGAGCCAUCAAUUUUUUUUGGAUACAAUCAGAUAGAUAGCUGUAGAUUACAAUCAUGGAUGUCACUUAUACAGUUCUGUAACACCUGUAAAAUGAGCUUUUAAAGGGGAAACACUCUGGGUAGACAGGAACAGAAUUGCCCUAGAGUCUAGAAAGGUUGCCAGCAAUAGUCUGAGUAUGCCUCAAGAGUUUUGUGGGGCUGGUCAUUAACAACCCAGGAUAUUCUGGGGUUGGGAGCAGGUAUUCUGAAGACUGGCCCAGGGACUCGUGUUUCACUCAGUGAGGAGAUUUUCGUAUCCACGAAUAGAGGGGUCAGGGUUCCAUUUUAGGAAAUAGCCCUGUGUUCGCUGUUCAGAAAAUUUUAAAUGGUACCAAAUACCCAAGUAACAGGCAGAAACUAUUCCCAUGGAAAUAUUUGUGCCUUUUCUUUUGGAAAUGGUUUCCAAAGAGAAAGUUUCUCGAUCUGCAUUGAUUGCUGAUGUUGUGUGUCAGACGACACUGAGUAAGUCCGUAACCACCACAUGCACCUGGCUGAACUAUGAGCAGUGUCCUGGCAGAUCUUUCCCUGGUGCGGGUGACUGCAGGAGCUGAGCUUCAGCAUCCAGUAGCUGAAUGCAUUGUGGCUGUGGCGUGUUUGAGUUCUGCUCAGUUUCUGACUUUGACACACACUUUCUCUCAUGCAUGAUAUGGAAAUGCAUUGUCCUUCCUCUCAUUCUGCAAGAAAGGAAUUGAUGCUCCCUUAACUAGAGCAAUUCAAUCUCUUGAAGUGAGCUUCCUUUGACUUCCUUCCUCAUUUUUAGUUAAUUACUCUUAUUUGAAGUUCAAGGCUAGUACAUUAAUACAGGUGCACUGAAUUAAUGAGCUGGGUGGAAAGUGUUACCCACAGUGCAACACUAAAAUCAGACAUGGGCCAAGCCUUUACUACUGUGUAAAUGGGAUUUACCAGUAAUGCCAAUACAAAUGACACCUGUGGAAUAACUAUACAGGAACUGUGCAGUGAUUGAUGUGUUCACCAAGGUCAUCGGGUUGGAUAGGGGCUCGAGGGGAAGAGAUCAUCAGUUGGACCUUUUGUCGUUCUCUGGGAAGGUCAGUUGAUCGCUGAACUCCAGUAUCUCAGCAGUGGUGUACACAGUUUAACAGGGUGAGGGGUGAAUGAGUAGCUGCCACCAAUGGGCAGAUGGGAAAUCGUUGCUGACUGGAUGCUAUUCAGAUAGGGUGGGUUUUAAUCAAUCCAUUUAGCGACUUAGAAUAGUUAUUUCCCCCGAACAAUCUUCGACAAGUGGGUGUGUUUGUGAAUGAUUGCUGAGCAGGAUUUGUUUUUCACAGCACAUUAAACAAAAGCCUUGGUAGUUCUUCUGCAGCAUGGGGGAGGGGGGAAAUGGCUGACUGCUUGAGGUCAUGUCACCAUCAAACCAAAGUAUGUACCUAGUGCCUAAAAAAAAAUCAAGAUGUGGAAGGAGCCAGGUUGGGGUAGAUUAGGUAUCACUGUUCUGCUUAUAUUUAGAAGUGGGUUUUUAGAACUUAAGCAAAUAUAAGGAUCAGUAAAAAGGUGUUUUGAAUAUCUGUUUUAUAUUCCUCAUCCUGUGACUCUGGCCCUGCUGAGUGAACAGGUCCUGGGUCAUAAUAAGACAGCAAUAUUGACCCAGCAGACUGUUCAACACAGCAUCAUUCACGUGUUUGGAUCUGUCUCCAUAUAUCUGCUCAGAGUAAUGUUUUGGGCCUAGUUUGUUUUCUUUCCUUUGUCAAACCACUAUGGAUCCCUUGGCCUGCCUGCCAAGCUAUUACACUGGACUCCUGAAAUCCUGUCUAGUCGCCCGAAAUACUUUGUGAGAAAAGGCGAUGGCCUAUAUUUUUCCUUGUUUUCCCUUUUCAAACCUCUGAUUGGGUUGCAGUUUGUGAGUGUUUCCCCUUUACAAGUCGAUAGCACCCGGCCCGCUUCUCUUCCUGCUUCGCUUGUGUCCAUUCACAAUAUUGUAAUUAGGCUUGUGCCAUGGGAAGGAAAUAAAUCUGGUAUCUGUGGUUCUGGAAGGUGUAAAACAGUAAGUGCAGCCAGAAGGUGAGACAAACUGUGCAGGACAGACGUACCCACCUUCACUUGCCUGCCUUCCCACUACAUCUGUUGCCAAUAAAACUUGUUUACAACACAUCAAACUUGCAGAAGGUCUUUGAUGCUUAGAUGAUCACAGAAAAUACCUCUGGUCUAUGUGCAUGCUAGUGACACUUUUAUUUUUGUAGAGAGCUUUCGAUGUGUGUUCCAAAAGAACCAUUAAAUGCCUUUUGUUUAACAUUCUGGGAAUGGGAGCAUUUGCCUGGGAACAGUUCACAUCAUGUCUAACCAUUGACUGAAUAAACCUAGUAUUUUGAAUGCACGUGUCAAGAACUGUAAGCUCUGCUUGCAACCCCAGUAAAUCCAUAAAAUACCUUGUGCUUAAAUGGGCAAUUUGGGGUCUUUUGAUUUCUUUCAGACGUUAACAGUAUUACAAAAUUUGGCCUGUUUUCGGGGACAUUGAGAGUGUUUUACUUUUUGUUCACAAUAUAGUAUCUUAAGUAGUUUUCAUCACUGAAUUCAAAUGUGGAAGUAUUCCAGUGAAUCAAUGUAUUGCCAGUUUGUAUAUACUGAGUAAACUUUAGAUGAAUCCCCAAUUUCCCCUUACUAUUCUGAAUCUGCAUCAUUAAUAAAGCUAAUGUUGAUAUUAGACUGGAGCAAACUUUUUGAAAAAAAAAGGCAAGGUGUUUGUGUACCCUGUUGCUACUCCAGAGCAGUGUGGUCUUGGGAAUUGGAAGAGUCCUGGUCAAUUUUUGAGAAGUUUUAAUGAUCUGGAUGUAUCAACAAGGUAAUCCAAUGAACGCAGUUCACCCAAUUCAAAUCCUGGGCUUGGUUUUCACAGUCUACCUUACCCCAAAUUUGUAUCAGUGUGACUGAAGCAUUUGAUCACUAUUGUGGCUUUGUCAAGAAUUGUAUUGAAUACUGGUUGAAGCCACAGGCUGCUGUUUUUCCAAAUAACGUACCAUGGCAGAUGCAGCUUGCAGUUUUGAAGUGUAACAUUUCCGCCACUGUCAGUUUACUAUUAGUUUGCCAAUGAGUCAGUACUGGGCUAAUUUUAGCUCAUUCGUUUUUUCUGUGUAGAGCUGUGGUGGAUGCACUUUUGCCACGGAGCUAUGGAUCUGUCCCCAAAACCAGUGGCUUGUUUUUUGAAAUGACAUUGGCUGAAGCUACAAAUGCUUUUGGUCUCUAAUUAAUGUGCCUCAUUCUCCAGCCCAACUGCAUGCAAGCCCCACAAGUUCCUCAAAAAGCAAUGUAAUGAAUCCAUAAAGUGUAAUUACAAAACACCUUUAGGAAGAGCUCUAGCUACAUUUACACUCUGUGUGGAAGGCUGCUUUGCUGUGUGUGUGUGUGUGUGCUGAGGGUGACCCAUGUUUGUCAGCUCUGAACAGUGUAAAGAGUGUAAAGGGUGGGGAAAGAUCUGGUAGAUUAGUAUGGGCCUCGUGGUUAAUAUAUUCAUUACUGCGUGGAAAGCAGCCUCUUCCGGUCAAUUGUUUGUUCACUAUUCUCGUGACUAGUUAAUCUGAUGUCUGGCUGCUGUGUCCAAAGAACAGUGUCUGUUGAUCUCGGGUAGGGGCUACUUGUCUCUCCCAUUUUAAUCUCCUGCAAUUUUCUGUUUCAUGGUUUGUGAUUUCUGUACCACCAUCCCCCCAGACCACCAACGUCUCCUCAUCCCUGACCAUUUUAGUCACAUUUGAACAUAAAUUUUUGGGGUGCGUGCACUGAAGUGGAAAUGGUACAAAUGGUUUGAAAUAAUAUUGGGGCUGUUAUCUUGUAUAAAAACACAAUAAAAUGAUUAACUCUUGUAA